AGGGUUUGAAUAAUGGAUAUGUUAUCCUUGGUGUUUGUGCCAGACUAUCUCUACAUGUGAUGGUUAUGAAGAAAAGCAGUAGUUGCUGUUUAAAGUUUAGAAACCAUUCAAACCAAAGCUGCAAUUCUACAGCAGGAUGCCAUUAUGCCAUCUUAUGCCUUUAACAGAACAUGGUUAACACCAUUUCACCUUGAAGGAUGAAUUGGCGACAGCUAUUGCAGUUCUACUGUUUAGGGUGUUAGCAAUGUUUAUCAUAUACUUGUCGAGAAGUAGUUUCUUCAUUCAUUGAUAUAUUUUAGCUGGGGAGGAUUCACCCUUCAAACCAUGCCUUCUCUUCAGUUAUUUCAGCUAACUGAGCAUGGUCGAAAUCUUUUGUCUUCGAGGAGGAGAACCCUGGCAUUGGCCACUAGUAUCUUAGUUGCUGGUGGAACAGCAGCAUACAUGCGGUCACGGUUGCGGGGCCAAAGUGGAAAACCUUGCUCUUCUGAUCAUUACUCUGAACCUGCUAAUAAAGAAAAAUCAAGUGCGGGGGAUGCAAAUGAUAAGGUUGUGAAGAAAACUAGGCUGAAGAAAGGAGGUCUGCGCUCACUUAAAGUUCUAACUGCAAUCCUACUGUCUCGUAUGGGCCAAAGGGGUGCAAGUGACCUUCUAGCUCUAGUGUCUAUAGUGGCAUUGCGGACUGCUUUGAGCAAUAGACUGGCAAAAGUGCAAGGAUUCCUAUUUCGUGCUGCUUUUCUUCGACGCGUUCCAUCCUUUUUACGUCUCAUCAUUGAAAAUAUUAUUUUGUGUUUUCUUCAAUCAGCCUUGUUUUCCACGGCAAAGUACAUAACAGGAACACUAAGUUUACGGUUCAGAAAAAUACUUACUGAGCUUAUUCAUGUUCAUUACUUUGAGAACAUGGCAUACUACAAAUUAUCACAUGUUGAUGGUCGAGUAACCAAUCCUGAACAACGAAUUGCAAGUGAUAUACCAAGGUUCUGUUCAGAAUUGAGUGACCUCGUACAGGAGGAUCUCACAGCAGUUACUGAUGGUUUACUUUAUACAUGGCGUCUGUGUUCCUAUGCAAGCCCAAAAUACGUUUUCUGGAUAUUGGCUUAUGUAACAGGUGUUGGAAUUGUGAUCGGAAACUUCUCUCCUUCAUUUGGAAAACUAAUGUCGAAAGAGCAACAGCUGGAAGGUGAGUAUCGACAGCUUCAUUCGCGGUUGAGGACUCAUGCAGAAAGCAUAGCAUUUUAUGGGGGAGAGAAUAGAGAGGAAUCUCAUAUCCAACAGAAGUUCAAGACUCUUGUUAAGCACAUGAAGCUUGUUCUUCAUGACCAUUGGUGGUUUGGCAUGAUUCAAGACUUCCUGUUGAAGUAUCUUGGUGCUACCGUAGCAGUUAUCCUUAUUAUUGAACCCUUUUUCUCUGGCAAUUUAAGGCCUGAUACUUCAACUUUAGGACGGGCAGAGAUGCUUAGCAAUCUAAGAUAUCAUACAAGUGUGAUAGUAUCCUUGUUUCAGUCCCUCGGAAUUCUUUCUAUAAGUUCAAGACGGCUAAAUCGUCUCAGUGGCUAUGCUGACCGCAUUCAUGAACUAAUGGCCAUUUCAAGAGAGCUAAGUGCUGUUCAUGAUAAAUCUUCUGUUCAAAGAAAUGGAAGUAGGAAUUAUUUUAGCGAAGCUAACUAUAUUGAGUUUGCUAAUGUCAAGGUAGUUACACCCACAGGUAAUGUCCUUGUGAAAGAUUUGACUCUUAGAGUUGAAUCAGGGACUAAUCUUUUGAUUACAGGUCCAAAUGGCAGUGGAAAAAGUUCUCUUUUCCGUGUUCUAGGAGGUCUUUGGCCACUAGUAUCUGGCUACAUUGUAAAACCUGGGAUUGGUUCUGAUCUCAAUAAGGAGAUUUUUUAUGUUCCACAAAGACCAUAUACAGCUGUAGGGACACUUCGGGACCAGUUGAUUUAUCCUCUUACAGCGGAUGAAGAGAUUGAACCACUUACGCGUAGUGGAAUGGUUGAGCUAUUGAAAAAUGUUGAUCUUGAGUACCUUUUGGAUCGUUAUCCACCAGAGAAGGAAAUAAACUGGGGUGAUGAACUUUCUCUUGGAGAACAACAAAGGUUGGGGAUGGCCAGACUGUUCUACCAUAAACCUAAGUUUGCUAUUCUUGAUGAGUGCACCAGUGCUGUGACAACUGAUAUGGAGGAAAGAUUCUGUGCCAAAGUUCGAGCAAUGGGGACUUCAUGUAUUACUAUAUCACAUCGUCCUGCCCUUGUUGCAUUUCAUGACAUGGUUUUAUCGCUAGAUGGGGAAGGAGGCUGGACUGUUUAUCACAAGAGGGAGGAUACUGCUCUGCCUAUUGAAGCUGGAUUGGAGGAAACAAAGUCAUUUGAGACAGACCGCCAAAGUGAUGCAAUGACGGUUCAACGAGCUUUCGCUACCACUGGAAAAGAUACCACAUUCUCAAAUUCCAAGGCACAAUCAUACGUUGCAGAGGUGAUUGCAAUGUCUCCUACUGUGGAUCAUAUAGAGUCAUUGCCUGUUGUUCCACAAUUGCAAACAACUCCAAGGGCAUUGCCACUAAGAGUAGCAGCCAUGUUUAAAGUACUUGUACCCACACUGCUUGAUAAGCAGGGGGCACAACUGUUUGCCGUAGCUUUACUUGUCAUGUCAAGGACAUGGAUCUCAGAUCGCAUUGCAUCUUUGAAUGGGACUAGUGUGAAGUUUGUUUUGGAGCAGGAUAAAGCAGCUUUUAUUCAUUUAACUGGUAUUAGUGUUCUUCAAAGUGCUGCAUCCUCUAUUGUAGCACCUUCUUUGAGAUAUUUGACAGCGAAACUGGCCCUUGGAUGGAGAAUCCGUUUGACUCAACAUUUACUCAAAAACUACUUGAGAAAGAACACAUUUUACAAGGUAUUCCAAAAUUCAGCUAAAGAUAUCGAUGCAGAUCAGAGACUAACACAUGAUGUGGAAAAGCUAACAACUGACUUGUCAGGACUUGUCACUGGGAUGGUUAAGCCAUCUGUGGACAUUCUCUGGUUCACCUGGAGAAUGAAGCUGUUAACUGGCCAAAGGGGAGUUGCAAUAUUGUAUGCUUAUAUGUUACUGGGUCUUGGUUUUCUAAGGAGUGUUGCACCUGACUUUGGUGAUCUAACUAGCCAACAACAACAACUGGAGGGAACCUUCAGGUUCAUGCAUGAAAGACUUCGUACACAUGCUGAAUCAGUUGCCUUCUUUGGGGGCGGUGCCAGAGAAAAAGCUAUGGUUGAUUCAAGAUUCAGAAUGCUGCUUGGUCACUCUAAACUUCUGUUAAAGAAGAAAUGGCUGUAUGGCAUACUGGAUGAUUUUGUCACCAAACAACUCCCACACAAUGUAACAUGGGGGUUGAGUUUGUUAUAUGCUCUGGAACACAAGGGUGAUCGAGCAUUGACUUCCACUCAAGGUGAACUAGCACAUGCAUUGCGGUUCCUUGCAUCUGUUGUAUCACAAAGCUUCCUAGCUUUUGGUGACAUUCUUGAAUUGCAUAGAAAAUAUCUUGAACUUUCUGGUGGUGUCAAUCGGAUUUUUGAGCUGGAUGAGGUUCUUGAUGCUGCCCAAAAUGAGGUUCAUUUGCAUGAUACUCCAACAUCACUUGAGAGUAGUGAUGUUCCAGCUGAAGAUAUUAUUUCGUUCUCAGAGGUGGAUAUUAUCGCCCCAACACAGAAGUUAUUGGCUAAGAAGUUGACAUGUGACAUAGUUCCAGGGAGAAGCCUGCUUGUUACUGGUCCCAAUGGGAGCGGAAAAAGUUCCAUUUUCAGAGUUCUUCGAGGUUUAUGGCCCAUUCCAAGCGGAAGAUUGACUAAACCAUUAGGAAGUAUCAAAGAAAGGUCAACCUCAAGGUGUGGUGUGUUCUAUAUUCCUCAACGACCAUAUACAUGUUUAGGAAACUUGAGGGAUCAAAUUAUCUACCCUUUCUCUCGUGAAGAAGCGAAGGUGAUUGCAGUAAAGAUGUUUGGGCAAGGUGAAAAGACCGAGGAUGCUGGAUAUUUACUGGAUACACGUUUGAGAUCGAUUCUUGAAAAUGUUCGAUUGAUUUACCUUCUGGAAAGGGAAGGAGGUUGGGAUACCACUGCGAACUGGGAAGAUGUUCUCUCUCUUGGGGAGCAGCAAAGACUUGGCAUGGCCCGCCUGUUUUUUCACAACCCUAGAUUUGGUGUUCUUGAUGAGUGCACCAAUGCUACAAGCGUCGAUGUUGAAGAGCACUUGUAUAAGCUGGCACAGGAGAUGGGUAUCACUGUUAUUACCACCUCGCAACGACCUGCUCUGAUACCAUAUCAUGCCACGGAAUUGCGAUUGGUUGAUGGUGAGGGUACAUGGGAGCUACGUUCAAUUAAACAUUAGCUUGAUUUUUCUGCUUUGCAAAAACUAGCUCCUCCAUACAGUUAGGCUCUGUUGCCUGCGGCCCAAGUAGGGGUUGCCUUCUGUGUUGUGAACUUAUUGAUCAAGCAUCAAGAGCAAGAAACUAUAGUAAUUCAUGCAUCAAGUAUAUGCCAUUGGGGGGCCCAAAGGCAGAAGCCUGUGAGAACAACAUUCUAUGAGAUGCAGCGAGAAACGAAAUAGGUACAUAAUUUCAUAGAGGAUGCGGCAUAUAAAUAUGCCAGUAAUUGUAUGUAACAUAUAGCAGUAAUUCAUGUACAGGCAUGUGCCGGUUUAUCGAUAAAAUUUGGGAUGUAUGAUUUUAUUAACCAUCCCACAAAUAAAAUGGAGAAGGCUGCAGUCAGUCACCCUCAUAGAUCACGACUGAUUUUGUGUUAAAUUAGUAAUGUAAAAACAUCAAGAUGAAAGUAUAUAUAUCAUUCAUUUCCAAA